AUGAGCAUAUUUUGUGAUGAACCUUAUUUCAUUGAUGGUAGUAAAGAUUUUGAAUGUCCUGAGGCAUGCCCCUUUAUCAGCUAUAACGAUGUGUGGAAGUGUAUAGGUAUAUGUACAACUAAGGAAAGAUGUUCUUUGUACAAUCCUAUACUAAAUUAUGCAGAUGAAGAAACAAAAAAGUGUUUGCCUUGCUUAAUAUCCGGAUGUAUAAUGUGUAUUCGAAGUGGAGUAAAACAAUCUUCUAAAUUUUUUUUAAAUAUUACAGAAAAUUUACCUAAUAUAUGUCUAGAAUGUAUGAAAGGAUAUAAAUUAUCAAAAGAUGGAAGAAAAUGUAUAUUAGUAUAUGAAGAAGUGAUUAUUAUAAGUUGUAAUAUUUUUCUUUUGUUAAUAUUCCUUCUUCUCUUAUUCUUUGGUAUAUAUUUUUAUAAAAAUACAAAUAAGAUAAAUUUUUUAUUAUUAAAAUUAGCUUAUCAACAUAGAACUUUAUCAAAAUUUAGAAAUAACAAAAUACAUGGUAAUCCAUUAUAUCCUUUAAGUAUACAAGUAUCGAAGACAGAUAUUGGUGGUGUAGGACUUAUGCUAUAUUUUAGGUUUAUUACAUUUUUGAGUUUUCUUUCCAUCCUUUUUAUCUUAACUACUUUGUUCGAAGUUUAUUUACCUUUCAGUGAACUUAUACAAUCAUACCGAAAUAUUGAAUCAACAAAAUCUUUUGAAAAUUGUUCAUAUUUAAAAAAAUAUAUAUACCGUAAUAUUUCUCGCCUAAUAGAUAUUAGAAGUUUAGAUUGGAUGAAAUUAGAUAUGUUUAAUAUGGUAACACGCUUUAAAGAAUAUGCUAUCAUAAUUUGUUUUAUACGAUACAUUAUAUGUAUGAUAAUCACAUUUGUGUUUAUAUAUAAACAAAAACUUUUUGCACACUUUGAGAUUAACAAUUCUUCAAAUAUGCGGGACUUUGCUCUUUCCAUAUCGGAUCUACCUAGUCAUAUUUCUGAACAAGAAAUAAAAUUUUUUUUUGAAAAACUAAUAAAUAAAAAAAUCGUAGGUAUUUCAUGGUGUCAUCACUUUUAUCAUGAAAAAGAAAAAGUUUUCAAUUUGAUUGAUGAACAAAUCGAGUGGGAGGAUUUCAAAAUGAAAGUUAAGAGGAACUACCACGAGUGGAAGGCAGAAAAUGGGGCGAGUCUUUUCUUCCCCAGCGUCGACCCGGGGUGUGUAAGCGGAGAAAGUGGAGGAAGCGAUAUGAGUGGCAGCAGUGGAAGCGUAAGCAUCAGCGAACAGAUUCACGAUAAAAUAUUAUCCAACAGUAAAAACCUGAUCCACGAAUAUCAUCCUGUAAUGGGAGAAGAACAAGGUUUAGGUCCAGAAGCUCCCCUUCUACCAAGAAAGGGCGUUUCUUACCAAAAUUAUAGGCAGCAUAAAUUUCUCAGCACAAGUUUAAGUAGCACAAAAAGGCGCACAAAGAUUGCUAGUGGGGGCAGAAUACGCAAAGUAGUAGUGCAAACUGGUGAAGAAAAAAUUUCUAGUGUUAGGUGGAAGGAGGAGGUGUGCAACGGGGGCGGUGUUAACAAAGGACGUUAUAGCAACGGCGGUACGAGCAGCUGUAGCAGUGGUAGCAAUGCUAGAAUCGAGAACGGCAAGCGUACGGGCAGGGGGUCCCUUAUAAAAAUUGAUACAUGGCCAUACCCUAAAACGACCAAACAAACCUAUUUAGAAAAAGCAAAUAGUCAAAGAAAAUUCAAAAUUGAAGAUCGUGCUCUCAAAGAAAUGUCAAGUAAAAUAAUGGAAUUAUGUUCAAUGAGAGAAAGCAUUUCAGAAAAUUCGAAAAAUAAAUAUAGAAAAUGUUUAAAGAAAAAGAAAUAUGUUCCACUUUUUAUAUCAAAUGAAGAAAGCCUUUUUUUAAAAAAAGAUAUAACAAAUGAUAUAAAAUUUAUACAUAACUUAAAACGUUGUGGUAAUGCUUUUGUAAUAUUUAAUCAUGUGAACGAUUUAAAUGAAGCCUAUGAUUUAAUAAAUAAAUACAAAAUGGAAAAGAUGAAUAAAAAAGGUUCUUGUAAUAUUUCCUUUUUAUAUAACCUGUUUAAAAAGAUAUUUUCUACAAAUAAGAUAAGAAGGACGUGUACUUAUCCGUACGAUUUACUAUUACCCCAGUUGUAUUCUCACCCACAAAACAGAUUAAAUGGGACCGAAAAUUUUGCGCAUACCAGAGGGGUCGUACAUGCACGCGCAUAUGCGGAUGAGACGGAAGUAGAACGGAAAAAUGGACAAAAUGAAUAUGCAAAUGUCGAAGAUAAAUCUUCAAAUGUACGAGAUAAAUCAGUAUACAUGAGCGAUAUGCCAUCCUACGCAGGGAACAAAUCAGCAAAUGUGAUAUCCGAUUUCUUGACCAAAUUUCAUAUUAAUGAAAACACAUUUGUGGUGGAAAAGUACGAUGUCGAACCGACAGAUAUACACUGGCAAAAUAUACCAGACUAUAAACUAGAAAUAAUAAUUGUAAAAAUAGCCAUAUCUAUAAUUUUCCUUUUUUUUAUAAUUAUUAUAUGUAGCAUAAUUUUUUAUGGGCCAUAUGCUAUAUUCGCCCUUCAUCAUGCCAGUAUUAUGGAAAAACCAAAAAGACAUGAAGUAUUAUUUAACGUUAUUAUAUCACUUGUAUUAGGUAUAUUUAUAGGAUUAGGAAAUUUUCUUGUAACAUUUUUAACAACAUUGUUUGGUAGUUUUAUGAAAUUUGCCAAGAAACAAUCUACAGAUGCAUUUAUAUUUUAUGUUAAUAGUAUUUUUCAAAUAUUUCAUUUUUUACUGAACGUGUUAAUAACACAUUUAAGUAAUUCUGGAGGAGAUAAUAAAAUAAGAUCUUUUUUUUCUAGUCAAUUAUUUAAUCAUUUAAAAAAGAAUAAUAUUAUUUUAGGAGAAGAAUAUUCCUUAGGUCGAUCAUUAAAUUAUAAUAUUUUGCCAUUAAUUUCUUUAUUUCCAACUAUCUUUUCUAUUUUUGGCAUGUACAUUUUACCCUUUAUAUAUAAAUCAAUACAAAUAUUAUUUUGUUCAAAUACUAGUAUAAAAAAAGCAGAACAGCUUAUUCAAUGUCCUCCGUGCAAUUUACACUACAGAUAUAGUGAAAUUGUACUCAGUUUUACUUCUACUUUGCUAUUAUUUUUUUUUACGCACGAUAAGUAUAGCACUUCUUUUACCUUUUUAAUUCUUUUUUUAUCAUAUCUAUUCAUUAAAUAUAGAGAUACCUAUUUAUUUCUUCGAGAAACGAAAGUUACCUACUACCACAGCACUUUUCUCUUCGAUGCGGUUAUGAUAUUUUGGUCUAUUCCGACUGGAAUCCUUGCAGUACUACCAUUUUACUGGGCCUGGAGAACAUACAGCAUAAACCUGUUAAUUCUUCCCCUAAUCGUUCUUUGUCAUACUGUAAUAUAUUUUUUAUUUUAUAAUCUUAUAAAUACUGCUGUAGAUGAAACAAAAAAAGCAAGUUCCACAAACUACAAAAGCCUUUCCAAAGUUAAGGCUUAUAAUUGGUUCAACACAAACCCCAUACAUGUGCUUAAGCAAUAUUUAAAAGAAAAAGAUGAAGAUUACAGUUUUUCAAAUUAUUCUCAAAAAAAGGAAAAUAAAAUAAUUAACAUGUUUUUACCGUUUACCAAUUUUGAGAAGGACAAAAAUGUAACAGAAGGGAGUGACAAUCGAAGCAAGAAAAGGAGUAGAAGCAGAAACAGAGAAAGGAAUAGAAGCCGAAUCAGAAACAAAAGUCGAAAUAGUAAUAAAAACAAAAAGAAAAUUUUUUUUCUGGAUUCAAUUAAAAGUGUCUUUUUUAACGAUAACACAAAAAACAACUAUGAAAAACUUGAUUCUAAUUACGAAAAAGAUAGAAAGCAAAAUAUAAAAAGUACAGAAAAAAAAAAAAAAUUACGUGACAAUAAUGUAACUAAUGAAAAGACUACAGAGAACAUUAAAAUAUGGGGCACUUCGUAUCAGAACAAUAAUUCUAAUUAUAGUCAUACUAAACAUAAUUAUUAUGCUGAGAGAGGCGAAGAAGCGUAUGCUUGUAAGCGGGAAGACAGUUAUAAUUAUGACGAUGUGUUUGAGCAAUAUAUGGGAAGUGACUACGAAAAAAAAAACAAGAACGAACACGCCACAUGGAAGAAUGAAGAUGUAUGUAAAAAAUACAUGAAAAAUGACUGUACAGAAAAUAAAAAUGAAAAAAAUGGAAAAAAUCGUCAAUAUUCAUCAAAUGAUUUUUGUGUAAUAAAAAUGGACAAGAAAAAGUUCAAAAAGAGGUCUUUAAUUCCUAAGUUGUCCACAUUUUCCAGAAAAAAAAUAAUAGUACGUGAAGAAAAUAUACAACAUACAUCACACACAAGCAUGAGUGAAAAUAAACAAAAAGAAAAUAGAAAAACAAAAGACAAACAUGAGCUGAAUGAGCUGAAAAAGAUAAUAAAAGUAACAAAAGAAGAAGAAUAUAGUAAUGAUAAAGAAAAAGGAGAAAAAAGACAUAGUUCAAAGAAGAAUAAGAACAAAAAAAAAAAAAAGAAAGAAUUAAUUUACUACGAAAUUGGUAAAGAAUACCUACAAGGAGCGCAAUUCGCGCACUAUACGAAUGACUACAAUGAGCUGUAUGACUUUAUUCAUAGAAUUUAUAUUUCUUUAUCCUCCAAGGCAUAUAGUAUUAAGGCUUUUCCUUACUUAAAAAGGAGUCAUUAA